UUUAUUUGCUGAUUUGGAUUAUUGUAAUGAAAAAACUUACAGAAAGGAGUAAAUUGUGAAAUGAUGUACAAAUUUUACACAUUAUUAUUGGUUUUGUUUGGUCUGAACGGUGUAUAUGGCCAUGUAUUUACUUCUAGUGCAAAAUUUAGACAAUUUCUGGAGCAAAGAGAAAACAUUACAGAAAAAAUUGGUGAAUACAUUGAAUAUGAAAGAGAACGAUUGAUAGUUUUAAAUAAAAGCACUGGUUAUGAAGAUGAUAUAGAGUAUGCGAAAAUAAGAAUUGAAGAUCUUACCCAGUUAUUGUCAGAAGUUAAAAAGAAUAAAACAGAAAGUAAAGAGGAUUCUAUUGAUGAAAUCAUUCAUAAUCCAGUGAAAGCUUAUGUCAUCAUAAAGCAUUUCGUAGCAAAUUACAGAACUAAGUUCUCCAAUCAAACUAAAUAUGGAUAUAAAUAUCACAGAGUUUUGGAUUGUCCGCAGUUUAAUAGCCCAACAAUCAUUGAACAAAGAGAUGCGCUUGAUGCCAUUCUAAGAAUUCAAACUAUACAUGAAUUGUCAGCUGAUGAUAUUAUGAAUGGAAGGUUCAUGGGACGCAACUCUCCUAAGCUAACUGCAGCUGACGCCUACAUUUUUGGCGCUACAGCACACAACGAAAACUUGAUUGAUAUUGCGAAUGAUUGGAUAAGUAUAGCAUGGGAACGCUUGAACGGUGAUGUGACCAAAGCUACAUUCAAUUGGAAAGAUGCUUUAAGGAGGCUUAUACUGUUGAAGCACUCGCGACAUGAGAAGGAGAAAACGAGCGAAUUAUUAAAUAUUGGCGUUAAAAAAGAUACAGGGAAUAUAUUUCACAAGAUGUAUUUAGCACACAGAGGAGAUCGACUACCAUAUCAUGUCGAUUAUUCACCAUGGCCGAUAUGGUCCAUCAAAAGAAGACUGUGCAAUCAAAAACAUAUUCAGCCUAUGCAGAACACCACCAAUUUAAGAUGUAAAUACCGAUCAGCUAUGUCGAGGCCUAUUUACAGUAUGUAUAGGGAGGAGGUUAUCAACAAUAAACCCUAUAUUAGUAUUAUCCAUGGUUUCCUCACAGACACAGAGGUGGAUUCUUUGAUUCAGACUGCUUCACUAAACUUGACAUUACCCAAAGAACAACGUAACACUUACUUUGAAGUAGCUUCUCUGGAUGUUGACGAUGACACCAGUAGGUUGGUUUCCAGUAAAAUAUCCAACAUGUUCAGAUACAAUCUAAAGUCUUCCAACAUGCCUAAGUUGAUCAACUAUGGUCUUGGAGGCUAUCUUGAAGAAGAAUACAAAGUUCAAGGUGUUUUAAAUGCAUUAGCUUCCUUAACAAUAUUUUUAUCUGACAUAGAAGAAAGCGGUCGUACAAUCUUUACUAAACUAGGAAUAAGUGUUCCUUCACAAAAGGGGAAUUUGUUAUAUUGGUUCAACAAAGAAGCAAACGAUCAUGACCAGCUUCAAAAACAAAAGUAUUCGUGCCCUGUUGUUUUUGGGGAGAAAUGGGAUCUAACGACAAGUAUUAAAGUAACAGACUAUGUCAAGAUAUGUAAAAGAAGAAGAAAGACUAAGCGAAUAUAA